AUGGCGAGCACAGCAAUGGACUACGAGCCCACCAACGGUGAGCGCUUCGAAGAUGACGGUGCUCGGUACGAGCGCGACGAGCAGCGCAGUGCUUCGCCGCGUCGCGACGAGGGCCAGGAGAGUGCCCCCCGGCGUUCUGCUUCCCCUGGCACUGCCGGCGACAGACCCAAAGACAAUGGCGGCUCGCGUUCCGGCGAUGCCGAUGAUGACGGUGCUGUCAACCCCGGCUCCAACCUUUUCGUGACCGGUAUCCACCCGCGCCUGUCAGAGGCUGAGGUGUCGCGCAUGUUCGAGAAGUACGGCGAGGUUGAAAAGUGCCAGAUCAUGCGCGAUCCCCACAGCAAGGAGUCGCGUGGUUUCGGCUUCGUCAAGAUGGUCACGUCGGAGCAGGCCGAUGCCGCUAAGGACGGCCUUCAGGGCGAGGUCAUCGAUGGCCGCUCGCUCAGCAUUGAGAAGGCCCGCCGGGCCCGCCCCCGCACCCCCACCCCUGGCAAAUACUUCGGUCCCCCGAAGAGAGACCCCCGUGGUGGCGGCCGCUACGAUAGAGGUGAUGACCGCCGCCGUGGUGGUGGUGGCGGCGGUGGUGGCGGUGGCUACGGUGGUGGCUACGGCGGUGGCCGUGACGACCCUUACCGGUACCGUGGCUACGACCGUCGCUACGAAGAGCGCGGCGGUGGAUACGACCGCGGCUACCGUGACGACCGCGGCUACGAUCGUGGUGGUGGCUACGACCGUGGCUACGACCGUGGUGACCGCGGUGGCGACCGUGGUUUCCGUGAUGACCGUGGCGGUUACGACCGUCGUGACCGUGACGACCCUUACGGUGGCAGCAACGGUGGUGGCCGCGGCGGUGACCGCGGCGGUGACCGCUACGGCCCUCGUGAGGACCGUGACCGUGGCUACGGUGGCGGUCGCGAAGACCGUCGUGGUGGUGGAUACGACCGCGGUGGUGACCGCGAUGGUCCCCGCUCUCGCGACCCUGCUCCCGGCGGCCCGGGCGGCUACGGCGACAGUGCUCCCCGCGACCGCGAUUACGGCCAGCGGUACGACACCACCGACCAGAACGCUUAA